AUGAGGGAUCAUAACUCCUACCAAGGCAAAGUAUAUCGCAUUUUGCCCGAUCAAUGGGAUGAAGACACAUCUGCAACUCCCCUUCAACUGCCCAAAGCCGUCAAAGAGCACAUGGUUAUCGUUGUUGGACGAUCCAAAACGAAACCCCACUGGCUAGAAGUCGUAACUAUAACCAAAACUUUCAGCUCCAAGGUUAACAAAGACUGGUACAUUCCAAUUGCGCCAUUACCCAAGAACCGUGAGACAAACAUGCAGCUGCACUUUUGUGAUGAUCCAUAUGGAGACAGAGGUCUACCAUUUUACUCUUACGCGCGAGUUGACGAGGUUUAUCAAGUUCCACAACAUGUUCUACAAGAAGUAAUAAGCUGGCAUAGGCAUUUGGAACUUAAACAGAGCUCUUAUAAUGCACUCAUCAAUUUUAUACCUACCUUAACCUGA